AUCCAGCACUUUGUCUUUCAUCAUUUCCUCGAAGAUAAUCGUUUUCAUAGUCGUUUUCCCGACAUAUAUUACCUCGCCGCAGUGAAAUGAGAAUGAUUAUGCCCACGCACACCCCUCCUCCUUCGGGCGAACGUGGUACGGUCCCUAAUGGGGAAACGGCGCCGUCCCCCCUUCACGUCAGUUUCUAGCAAAUCCAUGUCCACUCCUGCUACGCCGAAGACGUCUAUCCGCGUUAUAAUCUGACGUGUGAGGCGGGAUGCCGCGGGAUCCGUGAAGCCGGGGGCUCCUGGACGUGUUUCUGUCACCAACCGGGCAAUGAAUGUUCCAACUCGUCUGUAUUUCCCACUGACGGUAAACACGCAGCAGUAGUGUCCACACCACAGAGGUGGCUUCUGCUGAAUUUCAGCCGUUUUUUUUUCCUCCAUAAUUUUUUGACGUUUGAGAAGAAAAAGGAGAAGCAGCGGCAGCGGCGGCGGCCACAGGGAGCGGAACUACGCACGGCCGCCUGAUAGGUGCCGUCGCCCCGGCUCUCUGUUUGCAGAGAUGCCGCCCGUCCGGAGAACGAUGUCGGAUCUUCGUACCCGGUCCGAGGGAUACGAAAAGACGGAGGACUCGACCGAGAAGACGUCCUUAGCCGAUCAAGAAGAUGCGCGACUGAUAUACCUCAACCAGCCGCAGUUCGCCAAGUUCUGCAACAAUCGAGUCAGCACAGCCAAAUACAACGUCCUCACCUUCCUUCCCCGGUUCCUCUACUCACAGUUCAGGAGGGCAGCCAAUGCCUUCUUUCUCUUCAUUGCACUGUUGCAGCAAAUCCCAGAUGUGUCUCCGACGGGUCGCUGGACCACGCUGGUGCCGCUGCUUUUCAUUCUGGUGGUGGCUGCCGUCAAGGAGUUCAUUGAGGAUCUGAAACGCCACAAUGCCGACAGUGUUGUCAACAAAAAGAAAUGUCAAGUACUGAGGAACGGUGCCUGGGAGAUCGUUCACUGGGAGAAGGUGGCUGUUGGGGAAGUAGUCAGAGCUGCAAAUGGAGACCACCUCCCGGCUGACCUCGUCAUACUGUCGUCCAGUGAACCACAGGGUAUGUGCUACAUCGAAACAUCCAACUUGGAUGGAGAAACAAACUUGAAAAUCAGACAGGGCCUCCAAAUGACGGCCGACAUAAAGGACAUCGACAGCCUGAUGCGUAUCUCCGGGCGGAUGGAGUGCGAGAGCCCGAACCGCCACCUGUACGAGUUUGUCGGGAACAUCCGCCUGGAUGGACACAGUACAAUGUCACUGGGUCCAGACCAGAUCCUACUGAGAGGAGCCCAGCUGAGGAACACUCAGUGGGUGCAUGGUGUGGUGGUCUACACCGGACAUGACACAAAGCUCAUGCAGAAUUCCACUCGGCCUCCUCUGAAGCUGUCCAACGUGGAGCGCAUCACCAACUUCCAGAUCCUGGUGCUGUUCGGCUGCCUGCUGGCCAUCUCUCUGGUCUGCUCCAUCGGCCAAACCAUCUGGAAGUACCAGUACGGCAAUGACGCCUGGUACAUGGAUCUCAACUAUGGCGGAGCAGCUAACUUUGGCCUCAACUUCCUCACCUUCAUCAUCCUGUUCAACAACCUGAUCCCCAUCAGUCUACUGGUCACACUGGAGGUUAUCAAGUUCAUCCAAGCCUUUUUCAUCAACUGGGACACCGAUAUGCUGUACGAACCCACCAACACACCCGCCAUGGCUCGCACCUCCAACCUGAACGAAGAACUCGGCCAGGUGAAAUACAUUUUCUCUGAUAAGACGGGGACCCUGACCUGCAACGUGAUGCAGUUCAAAAAGUGCUCCGUCGCCGGCGUGGCCUACGGCCACGUCCCUGAGGCUGAAGAGGGUAGUUUUGCAGAGGAUGACUGCCACAGCACACACUCAUCGGAGGAGGAGGGAUUUAAUGACCCGAGCUUACUGGAAAACCUCCAAAGCAAUCACCCCACAGCUGCUGUCAUCUUGGACUUCAUGACCAUGAUGGCCAUCUGCCACACUGCAGUCCCCGAGCGCACGGAUGGAAAAAUAACCUACCAGGCUGCAUCUCCAGACGAAAGCGCUCUGGUGAGAGCAGCACAGACCCUCGGCUUUGUGUUUUCUGGUAGAACCCCGGACAGCGUUAUUGUGGAGAUGCCCGGAGCAGAGGAGAAAUACGAACUACUUCAUGUGUUGGAGUUUACGAGCACGAGGAAGAGGAUGUCGGUCAUAAUGCGCACCCCUUCUGGGAAGAUCCGCCUUUACUGCAAAGGAGCGGACACAGUGAUCUAUGACCGCUUGGCAGACAGCUCGAGGUACAAAGAGAUCACACUGAAGCACCUGGAAUGGUUUGCCACUGAGGGGCUCCGCACUCUGUGCUUUGCGGUGGCAGACGUCAGUGAGUCGUCCUACCAGCAGUGGCUGGAGAUCCACCGCAGGGCCAGCACUUCCCUGCAGAACAGGUCCCUGAAGCUGGAGGAGAGCUAUGAACUGAUAGAGAAGAACCUGCAGCUGCUCGGGGCCACAGCGAUAGAGGACAAGCUCCAGGACAAGGUGCCGGAGACCAUUGAGACUUUAAUGAAAGCGGACAUUAAGAUCUGGAUCUUAACAGGGGACAAACAGGAAACUGCAAUUAACAUUGGACAUUCCUGCAAACUACUGACCAAGAACAUGGGCAUGCUGGUGAUCAACGAAGACACUCUUGAUAGGACACGGGAAACGCUCAGCCACCACUGUGGAAUGCUGGGAGAUGCCCUCCACAAAGAGAACGACUUUGCUCUCAUUAUUGACGGAAAGACUCUGAAAUACGCUCUAACAUUUGGAGUGCGACAGUACUUCUUGGACCUCGCCCUGUCCUGUAAAGCUGUCAUCUGCUGCAGAGUAUCUCCUCUUCAAAAGUCUGAGGUGGUGGAAAUGGUAAAGAAACAAGUGAAGGUGAUCACGCUGGCCAUCGGGGACGGCGCCAACGACGUGGGAAUGAUCCAGACGGCGCACGUCGGUGUGGGAAUCUCCGGCAACGAGGGACUGCAGGCGGCAAACUCCUCGGACUACUCUAUUGCCCAGUUCAAAUACUUGAAGAAUCUGCUGCUUGUCCAUGGAGCCUGGAAUUACAACCGCGUAGCCAAGUGUAUCCUGUACUGCUUCUACAAGAACAUUGUCCUCUACAUCAUUGAGAUCUGGUUUGCGUUCGUCAAUGGCUUCUCAGGCCAAAUCCUGUUUGAGCGCUGGUGCAUCGGCUUGUACAACGUGAUCUUCACUGCUCUGCCUCCUCUCACUCUGGGAAUAUUUGAGCGCUCCUGCAGGAAAGAGAAUAUGCUGAAAUACCCAGAACUCUACAAAACCUCCCAGAAUGCUAUGGGCUUUAAUACAAAGGUCUUCUGGGCCCAUUGUCUGAACGGCCUCUUCCACUCCGUCAUCCUCUUCUGGUUCCCCCUUAAAGCCUUCCAGCAUGAUACAGUUUUUGGCAACGGAAGAACUCCAGACUAUCUCCUCCUAGGCAACAUGGUUUACACAUUUGUGGUCAUCACAGUUUGUCUUAAAGCCGGCCUUGAGACCUCAUCCUGGACAAUGUUCAGUCACAUCGCCAUUUGGGGAAGCAUCGGCCUGUGGGUGGUGUUUUUCAUCAUCUACUCCUCCCUGUGGCCCCUCAUUCCUCUGGCUCCCGACAUGUCAGGAGAGGCGGAGAUGAUGUUCAGUUCGGGGGUCUUCUGGACGGGCCUGGUCUUCAUCCCGAUCACCUCGCUGGUCUUUGACGUGGCCUACAAAGUGGUGAAGAAGGUGUGUUUUAAGACCCUGGUGGACGAGGUCCAGGAGCUGGAAGCUUUAUCCAAAGAUCCUGGAGCAGUGGUGCAUGGAAAGAGUUUGACGGAGAGGGCCCAGCUCCUGAAGAAUGUCUUCAAGAAGAGUACAGUCAGUUUGUACCGGUCUGAGUCCAUGCAGCAGAACCUGCUCCACGGCUACGCCUUCUCCCAAGACGAGAACGGAGUGGUGUCUCAGUCGGAUGUCAUCCGAGCGUACGACACCACCAAGCAGAGGACCAACGAGUGGUGAGCCGCCGGCCCUCUGGUCGGCCAAUCAGGAGCCUCAAACAGCCCUUUUUACUGGCGAUAUUUGAAGCUCAGCGGUGGAGGUGGUGGUGGGGGGGGGGGAGGUGCGAGCGCGUGCCUCUAGCACUGAGGGGAUUAGUUUUGACGUUAAUAAGAAAUGGACAGAAGAGUGUCUUUGAAAAAGGGAGAAGGGAGAAAAAAAGAGAACAAGGAACGGUACACAUUGUGUUCACUAUUAGCUGCAGUUGUGUGUCCAGCAGACAUGACGAGCACUGUGCUUUCUUAGCAGUCUGUGGUCUGAAGCUCUUCACUGUUCUGUUCUGUUUGUUGGAGUGUAUUGAAAAUCAUUCAGUUAUACAAAAAUCAUGCUCCCAAACGCUGUUGUCAUAGAAUUGCAAAUACUGGACGCCGAUUUGUUUUCAGAGGAUUUGAACUUGUGAAAGAUUGCCAAAGAGCAGUCGCAUGUACAAUCUUCCAAGUACUAGUGAAUUCUGAUAAACUGUAAACCAAAUGUAAUCACACUCCUGAGUGUAUUCCAACACUAAACGGACCACUUCAGAGCAGACAUUGUAACAUUUUCUUUUUGCACUUAAGGAAGCAUCUAUUGUGUAAGGCCUUACAUUUGCUCAUGCCUUCAUCCUUGUUUCUCUUCAAAAAUGUUUCUUUCCUUUUCUAUUUUUAUGUUUUGAAAAGUAUGUUAAUAUCGUGCCUGGUUUUCUUUGUUUGUUUUUCCUUUUUGAUUCUUUGAGACGUUGCCUCCCGCAACACACCGUAGUCCUGUUUCCACCGUUUUUUACAGCAGAAGCAUUGCUUGCGACAAAUAAUUGCAUUCCACACAUCACUCCUGUCUCAACAAUCACAACGGUGCCUACGUAGAACCUUUCCCUCAUAGAAGAAGAAGAAGAUGAAGAAGAUAGCCAAGAAUAGUUUAGCCAGCUUGCUUAGACCAGUGCUCCACAUACACACACACACACUCUCUCUAACUGAAUACAAAGUCACUGUCUCCCCACCACAGUCUUGCACUCGUACAAUGUGAAAACUACAGAGUGCCUUGUGGCACAAGUAUAAACCAAGAUUUGUUCCUGCAGAGGUGAACGGGAGGUUCUUCGAUGGUCUUGUUUGAGCUCACAGUGGUGACAGUGUUUCCCUUAAAAUGGAGAUUUUAUCCUUCUAACAUAAGUGCCAUUAGCUUAAGGGGGAGAGAAGUAUUUAGCCAGGGAAACUCCACGACAAUAUCAAAACUACUUUGUCUCUAUAGUUAUUUUGUGAAUUUGUAUUUUUAUAUUGGAGAUGUAUGAAUUUUGCAUUAACUGGCUUUGUAAUGAACUGUAACUGUCUGUAACUGAGUUUUUUUUCUUCCUUUUCUUUAAACUGGCAGGAUAGAAUAGAUGGAAGGGGGGAAACUAAGCUCUCUUAAAUGUCUCGUUAGUAUUAAUAUUGUUACAGCUUGAUUUAUUUAUAAUUGACUAUUAAUGUCUGUGUGAUUGCUUUCUUCUCCCUAUGGGAGAUCAGAUCGGUGUGUGUGAAUCGGUCAGUUUCUUGCCUGUGCGUGCGCGCAUCACCUCAACUGUGGAUAACUUCUAUGUAAGCAUUGCAUGGCUGUGUCCUCCGUGUGGGAGUUUGUCUCGUAUCUCGUGUUUAAGAGUGAGUGUGUAUGUGUGUGGCUUGCUCCAGUUGUCCAUCUGCACGACUCCAGGUAUAGCUAUGUUGUACUGCUGUGUGCUGAUGCAUGGCCCGUAUGUGUGUGUGUGUGUGUGUGUGUGUGUGUGUGUGUGUGUGUGUGUCAGUGUGUGUGUCAGUGUGUGUGUGUGAUCAAACUCUCGACCUCGACUGUGAGAGUUUCUGAUGCUCAGCCCGCUUCGACAGGAGAUGUUGCACAAUGCACUCGAUGUACCUUUUCCAGUAGUGGAUAUCUGGUUUCAGUGUAUGAUUUGAGUGUAAAUGUUUGUAACAUGUUUUCCUCAUGCAGUGUUCCUCUGCUUUACAGGAAAAGCUCUUCACUGAGGGUUCACGAUUUAUUUUUUUUCUUUUAGUGUAAAAACUCUGACGUCAUCUUGUCUGAAGUUUCCACGCCGCUGAAUGUGGAUGUAGACUGUAGCUUUCUUUUUCCAGAAAACAUAAAACACACGUUGUCUGUGAAAGUUGUGGGCUGCAUGGAUGGAUAACAAACUGUUCUCUGAAAUGUUUAACUGUACUACUUUGAUUCUCCCGCAAGUGUCAGUCACUUUACGAAAGAGAAACAAACUGCACCUUUUAACUCUACUUUUUAAUCUGUUUAUCAUCCGUCAUUUUGUUCGAUGAAUGUUCUGCAUGUUGGGACUGCAAACUUAUAAGUGUUGUCUUUUCCUGCCAUGAAGGACUACUGAAAUAAACUUUACACUCAUGGAGGAACAACGUGA